CACCUACAUCUCUUAUUUCUUUCUUUCUUCUUCUUCUUUUUUUCAAAUUUUUUCUCUCUCUUUAAUUGCAGUUAAAGAUGGUGGAAGAGAAGCCCAGAAUUGUGAUUAUUGGAGCGGGAAUGGCGGGGCUCACGGCGGCGAACAAGCUUUACACGGCGGCAGGCUCCAAAGAUUUGUUCGAGCUCGCCGUCGUGGAGGGCGGAGAGAGAAUCGGCGGCAGAAUCAACACGGCGGAGUUCAUGGGCGACAGAAUAGAGAUGGGCGCCACGUGGAUCCACGGCAUCGGCGGCAGCCCAAUCCAUAAAAUUGCCGAGCAAAUCAACGCCCUCCACUCCAACCAGCCGUGGGAGUGUAUGGACGGCUACUCCGACCUCCGGACCACCGUCGCCGAAGGCGGCCUCGAGCUCUCUCCGGCCACCGUCGACCCCAUUUCCUCUCUCUUCAAGAAGCUCAUGGAUUUCGCUCAGGGGAAGAUCACCGGAGACUCCAAUUUUCUCCAGCAAGCUAAUAAUAUCCAUGGUAAUGGCCUGGAGAAGCUCAGCAUAGGAGCUUUUCUCCGGCGAGGGCUCGAUUUGUACUGGGUUUCUAAUAAUGGCGAAAUCGAGCCCAAUGGGUGUGGAGAAUGGACCAAAAAAUCUCUGGAGGAAGCCAUUUUCGCCAUGUACGAAAACACCCAAAGAACUUACACCUCCGCCGGCGAGCUCUCGACGCUAGAUUACUCGUCGGAAAGUGAGUACCAAAUGUUUCCCGGCGAGGAAAUCACCAUCGCCAAAGGCUAUUUGAGCGUAAUCGAAUCCAUCGCCUCUGUUCUUCCCCCUGGAUUAGUCCAAUUGGGCAAAAAAGUAAUCAAAAUCGAAUGGCAGCCGGAGCCGGAAGGCCGGAAUAUUCCAAAUGACACGCAGACCGAUUUCCGGCCGGUGAAGCUGCAUUUCUCGGACGGGUCCGACAUGUCGGCCGAUCACGUAAUCGUGACGGUCUCGCUCGGGGUUCUGAAGGCCGGAAUCCAGCAACGGCGAGAGUCAGAUUCAGAUUCCGAUUCCGAUUCAGGUUUGUUUAAUCCUCCUCUGCCUUCGUUUAAAACAGAGGCCAUUUCGCGGCUCGGAUUCGGCGUCGUCAACAAGCUGUUUCUCCGGCUGGCUCCUCCGGCCGCCGGAGCCGAAGAUUCGAAGAAUUCCAACAUAUUCCCUUGCCUGAAUUUCGUUUUCCACCGGCCGGAUUCCGAGUUACGGCGCAAAAAAAUCCCAUGGUGGAUGAGAAGAACCGCAUCUCUCCACCCAAUUUACCAAAAUUCGUCCCUCUUGCAAUCCUGGUUCGCCGGAGAAGAAGCUCUCCACCUCGAGAAACUAUCCGACGAAGAAAUCAUCAAUGGAGUUUCCACUACGAUCGGCAAUUUCCUAAUUCCAGAACCCAAUUCGAAUUACAGAGUGAAAUUCACAAAGGUUUUGAAGAGCGAAUGGGGCAGCGAUCCUCUGUUUCUGGGGUCAUACUCAUACGUUGCAGUGGGAUCGAGCGGCGAGGACUUGGACGCCAUGGCAGAGCCAUUGCCAAGAACAGAGAACAGAGAAUCGUCUCCAGAAGCUCCAGCGCUUCAGAUUCUAUUUGCAGGAGAAGCAACUCACAGAACCCAUUAUUCCACUACUCAUGGAGCUCAUUUCAGUGGCCUUAGAGAGGCCAAUAGGCUGCUCCAUCAUUACAAUUACAACUGCGUUUGAAUUUCUGAAACAACUUUUUCUUUUUUUCUUUUGGGGGUUUUUAAGAGGGCUGGCUUGGGAAGGGGGGAAAAUGAAAAUGGUAUUUAUUACUGUGAGAUUGUUCCAUAAUAUUAUUAUGAUCUUCAAAGUUCAAUGUCAAUAUUUCCCUCAUCUUUCUCUCUCAAAUUGUUGAAUUAUGAUGAGAGGAAAAAUAGAGAGACAGAGAUGUGAUGAGGGUACUUUUAGAUGUACUGCAUUAAUUAAAGUUGAAAGUUUGAUUGAUUUUACUUC